CGCUUCCCGCUGAUGCGAGUCAUGAAGCCCGUCAAACAUACGAGGCAGGGCCGCGCUCGAAGUUGGGACGGGGGCGUCUGUUGCCGGAGCAUCGACGACAUCGAGGCUGCGUGACCACAGAUAUGCUCAUAAUACCAUUUUUAUGCGCGUCGUCAGCCGAGUGAGCGGGAUUUAGUUAUUCGAGACGAGGGACUUAGUUAUUCAAGUAAAAGGCAACUCUCCCUUUGAUCAGACUGAGGAUGAUUUUUUCUAAUACUGGAAACCCACUAAGGACUCAGUUUCGCAAACAGUCACCAGUUAGCCUCCUGUCCCAUCCCAUGGCUCCACCCAGCCCAAGUAACAACAGCAGCACCACCAACAACAGCAACAGCAGCAGUAGUAGCACUGCAGGCUGGGAUCAACUCAGCAAGACCAACCUCUACAUCCGAGGCUUGUCCCCAUCCAUGACGGACCAUGACCUGGUCAAACUCUGUCAGCCCUAUGGCAAAAUCGUCUCAACAAAGGCCAUCCUGGACAAGACGACCAACACGUGCAAAGGUUAUGGCUUUGUGGAUUUUGAUAGUCCCACUGCAGCUCAGAAAGCCGUGGCUGCCCUAAAGAGCAGUGGAGUUCAAGCUCAGAUGGCAAAGCAACAAGAACAAGACCCAACCAACUUGUAUAUCUCCAACCUGCCACUGUCGAUGGACGAGCAGGAGCUGGAGAACAUGCUGAAGCGCUUUGGCCAGGUCAUAUCAACACGCAUCUUGAGGGACUCGAGCGGAGCCAGCAGAGGAGUGGGCUUCGCCAGGAUGGAGUCGACCGAAAAAUGCAACGCCGUCAUUUCUCACUUCAACGGCAAAUUCAUCAAGACGCCCGCCGGUGUACCGGCACCUGCUGAACCUUUGCUCUGCAAGUUUGCCGACGGUGGGCAGAAAAAGCGACAAAGCCAAAACAAGUUUGUGCACAAUGGUCGAGGUUGGCUCAGAGAUGGAAACACCAGACUGGCUGGUAUGACACUCACGUACGAUCCCAGCGCAGCCGCAAUGCAAAACGAAUUCUUCCCACCGGCGUACAGCAUUUCAAACAGGGUGAUUGCCCACAUGCCCUUGUCCACGUACAUGUCUCCGGUUUCAGCAUAUCAGGUGCAGAACCCGUCGUGGAUGCCUCAUCAGCCCUACAUCAUGCAGCACCCUGGUGCAGUCAUAUCGCCCUCUAUGGAGCCAUCACUGUCAUUGCAGCCUACGUCCCUGAUGACUCCCUUGGCACAGCAAAUGAGUCAUAUGUCUUUGGGCAAUGCAGGAGCGUUCUUGGGCGCCACCCCUCCCAUGCCCGGUGCUUACAUCCCUCAGUACACGCACAUGCAGCCAGCAGCUGUUCCCGCAGAAGAAAACGGAGUGGCGCCUCAGGUGGACACACCCGGCAGCGCUCCGUCGUACGCCUACCAACAAGCCAAGUAGUGCAGACGAUUGGCCAGAGCAAUCAUACAAAAACGCUACGGAUCCUUCACUGCUUUGCACUGGUUUUGCAAUGUCGUGAAGCCAUUUUUACAAGAGUUCAAAAACUCCAGUUCAU